AAUUUUGAUUUUAUGGUUAUCGCGAAUCGGGAUGUCGAUGCGUUUUGUUUUCCCAAUAAAUAGAAACAAACAGAAAACGAUCACUCUCUCUACCACAGCAAAAGAAUUAAAAUCCGUCACGUAUCUUUACGUGCUGCUCUUUCUCCUUGUUUCCUCUUCCUCAUCCUAGCCAUGCCUUCUCAACAUUCUCAUCAACAAUCCAAUUACCUUCAGACCCUUUUAGCCUCUGCUCGCCCCUUCCUUCGUGGUGAGCUCGAAUCCAUCGACGUCAAUUUGCCUUCUUUAGUUGCAGUCUUGCGUUCUGUCGGUGCUGGAGAGUGUUGGCACAAGCAUGGCAGCUUUCUCGAUCACCUGCUCGACAUCUACCGCAUCCUCAAGAUCUGGAAUGCUCCUGACUCUGUUUGUCUUUGUGGCCUCUUCCACUCUGCUUAUUCCAAUUCUUAUGUCAAUCUUGCUAUCUUUGAUCCCAACACCGGACGCGAUGUCGUUCGCAGCCACGUUGGUGAAGCCGCUGAGAGAUUGAUUCACUUAUUUUGUAUCGUUCCACGCCAACCCUUGAUCCAUGAUGAUCUCUUGUUCAAGUAUUCUGAUAAUGAACUCGUCCAACACCUCAAACUCUCUGAGAUAUCGCUGAAAAAUGCCAAGGACAAAGGUAUUUUCAACGAUGAAUCCUGGAGGAAGAAACUCAAUUCUCUUUUGCCUGCUGGAGGCAUCACCGUCAAGCAUAUAAAGACAGGAGAGGACGUUCUGGUGACAAGAAGAGUAGUGGCUGUUUUUCUCCUGAUGACCAUGGCUGAUUUCAGUGAUCAACUGUUUGGCUUUCAAGAUGAGUUAUUUAACAACUUGGAUGGUCUGCUCGAGUUCUUGGGGAAUAACUUUGCUACUUUGUGGCCUGGAGAUGGCAAGCCAGGGCUAUGGAUCAAUUCAAUAUCUCGAAUGGGUGCUCUUUAUACUUUGAUACGGAGAGAGGAAGAGAUUUUUAUACAUGAAAGGAAAAGGGCUGGUGGAGUUGGGGUUGAUCAAGUCAGAGAUGAGGAUAUAGAGCUUGUGGUGCCACCAGUUUUUGAUGAGUGCACUAAGAUUUUAGACGCGAGAGAGCAGAUAAUGGCAAGGGACUUGUAUUGGGAAGCUGUUUGUGAUAUGCCUAAGAUAGGGAUAGACAGAGCCGAGGAGUUGUUGUUGAGGUGUGUUGAGAAGAACCCUUUUGUUGGGGAGCCAAGAGUGGCGUUGGGUCAGGUUUAUUUGACAAAGGGGAGAUUUGAGGAGGCUGAGAAGGAGGCAGAGAGAGGGCUGACACUGAUGUUGGAGUGGGGAAGUCCUUGGGACAAGAGGAUGUCUUGGGAAGGAUGGAUUGCUUGGGCUAGAGUUUUGUUGAUGAAAGCAAAAGAAAAAUCAUGGCCACAGACAUCGUGGGGUAUCCUUAAUCUAGGGCUUGUGAGAUAAAUGAAUUGGGCCCGUGAGACAAAUGAGUUGGGCUUGAUACAAAAAUUAUUGCUUUGGAUGUAAUAAAAUGCACCUUAUCAUAUGCUGCAGUUGAUGGGUGCAACGCUAGUGAAGUUUAUCCAUAUAUGCUAUCUUGUUAUGAAGGUUCCUAUAAGUUGUAAUUAUUGUUUCUUGUUUUACUGAACUCUAUUCUAAUUUCUGCUUAAGAGGAAGAAGUUGGUUUAUUUUA